AUGCCUAGGCUUGUCCCGGCGACAACCCUCCGGACUCCACCGUUGGCGAUGCUCCGUCAAACCUCACGGCUCGCCCCAGCGUUGCGUCGAAUCUUGUUCCAGCCCGCCGCACCGUCCGCCACAGUGAGCGGUCAGGAACACAUGGAUGAAAUCGAUCGCCGGAGGCAAACCAUGCGCACCGGCUUUAGCGCUUUGUCAAAGAUGACGGCACUGUCUCAAGCAGGAGAAAACUUCCGUCACCACUUUGGAACGAGCACAGCUUUGCUACCGGAGAUUGUGGGAGCCACUGGACAACAGGCUGUGAUGCGAACCCAACUUGAAGAUGCAGAUGGCACUGCGCAGAAGCCCGUGAGGGCUGGCCUAAGUGCAAUUCCGAAGAAUACGAGGUUGCCGGCACUCUUACUAGCACUGUGUGCUGGUUGCAACCUCACGGCCUACGCUAUUGAGUUUGCAACUUUUGCCAUCUACUUCAAGCAGGUGCACAAAUGGAACGAAGCAAAAUUGGCAGGUGUCGCUCAGACAGCAGGGGAUUUGAUGGCCGCAGUCUCCAUGCAAGUGAUUCCAGUUUUAAUUGGCAGCAGGUACAACCGAGAUGAAGCGGGUUGUUUGCGGCGUUUUUUCCACAACAUCAUGUCUCAGCCCUACUACCUGAGUUUCGCCUUAGCUACUUGGGUGAUCUUCCACAUUGGACUGUGCUGUCCGGUCUUGGCUGUUGCGAUUGUGGCGCAGGUCUUGAUGGGCACCACCUUUGUAUAUGCUUCAAAGUGGAUCAACGACAUGAACACGUUCUACUCGAUGGGAAAUUCGACGACAUUUCUGAGUCUGCAGGUCAUUUGCAGAAAUGCCGAAGCGUUUGGCGGUGCGGCAGCGGGUGCUGUUGGAAUUUGGCUCUUCACUUUGGACCCCUUAGCACCGUUCGCCUUCGCGGCGUCUUUGUGUGGUGUGACAUUCCUGAUCUAUACAGUGGGGUUCUGUGGCCGUCUUGGUUUUGGAGACGACAUCGAGACAGCUGAGGAAAAACGUGCCCGGCGCAAGGGGGUGAAACGAGCAACUGAUCUGCAUCAAGGCAACACUACCGAGAUCUACUGA